AAAGUAGGCGGUUCUCGGAGGCAAAUACGGAAGUGACGUCACACAAUAGCAAGGACGUUUAAACGGACUUUAUUUGUUUUAUUUUUCCUAGAUUUGCACCCAGAGUUCCAGUUGAUUCCGUGACUGUAUGAGGUUUAGACUGUGCAGUGUUAUUGAAUAGUUGCAUGAAGCUCUGGACUCGACUCCACGCAGCAGCAAAAUGGAGGAGACCAGUCGGGAGGCGGUUGCCACUGCAGUGCAGCGCGUGGCGGGGAUGCUGCAAAGGUCGGACCAGCUGGACAAAGUAGAGCAGUACAGAAGAAGAGAGGCACGCAAGAAGGCUUCUGUGGAAGCCAGACUGAAGGCGGCGAUCCAGUCUCAGCUGGACGGCGUGCGCACAGGACUGACCCAGCUUCACAGCGCUCUGCUGGACGUCAAAGACAUCCAGGGCUCUCUGGCUGAUGUGAGCAAAGACUGGAGGCAGAGCAUCAACACCAUCGAGAGCCUCAAAGACGUCAAGGACGCCGUGGUUCAGCACAGUCAGCUGGCCUCUGCCGUAGAAAACCUCAAGAACAUAUUUUCCGUCCCGGAGAUUGUCCAAGAGACCCAGCAGCUGAUAGAGCAGGCGGAGCUGCUGCAGGCCCACAGGAAGCUGAUGGAGUUGGAGUGUUCCCGGGAUGACCUCAUGUACGAACAGUACCGGAUGGACAGCAAGAACACCAGCGACAUGAACCUCAUCUCCAUCUACUUUGAAGAUGUUCAAUCGCUGUCAGAUGAGCUGGCCAAGCAGUUAUGGAUGGUUCUGCAGAGGUCCAUGGUCACAGUUCGCCGUGACCCCACCAUGCUGGUGUCGGUUAUUCGCAUCAUUGAGCGGGAGGAGAAGAUUGAUCGGCGAAUGGUUGACCGAAGGAAACAGACCGGAUUCAUCCCACCUGGGAGACCCAAACACUGGAAGGACAAGAUGUUUCAGGUUCUGGAGCACACCGUCAGCACUCGCAUCGAGGGCACGCAGUCCGUGACCAGGGAGGCGGACAAGAUGUGGCUGGUUCGCCUACUGGAGAUAACCAGGAAGUACGUGGUGGAUGACCUCAUCAUUGUCAAAAACCUCAUGGUGCAGUGCUUCCCCCCUCACUACAACACCUUCAACAGAUUCUUUAGCCUCUACCACGCUGCUGUGUCUGCUCGAGUCAAAGAACUGGCCUCUGAGGACCUGGAGGCCAAUGAGAUUGUAUCGCUGCUCACCUGGGUUUUGAACACCUAUAAGAGCGCGGAGAUGAUGGGGCAUCCAGAUCUGUUUUCAGAGUGUGACAUCAACCAGUUGGAGCCUCUGCUACCAAAGGAGGUUGUGGACCACCUGCUGAGUAAAUACAUCCAGACCUUCACACUGAAUAUAACCGGGUGGCUACGGAAGGCUCUGGAAACGGACAAGAAGGACUGGCACAAAGACAGCGAGCCCGAGGCUGACCAGGACGGGUACUACCAGACCACUCUGCCCGCCAUCGUCUUUCAGAUGUUUGAGCAGAACCUGCAAGUUGCUGCACAGAUUGACGGAGAGUUCAAAGGCCAGGUUCUGAAGCUGUGUCUCAAGCAGAUGAACUCUUUCCUCAUCAGGUACCGCGAGGAGGCAGUGGCCUACAAGGAGGAGCACCUCAGAGACCGGCAGCUGCCUCCGUGUUAUGUACACUAUAUGAUCGCCAUCAUCAACAACUGCCAGACAUUCAAAGAGUCCAUCAACAGUCUGAAGAGGAAGUACUCUCAGUCCUCCGAGCCCACCGAAAGCGACGCCGCCAUUGACAAGACGCUCGGCGGCGUGGCAAAAGAUGGAUGCCAGUUUCUCCUGGACGAGGUCUUUCUUGAUCUGGAACAUCACCUGAACGAGCUCCUGACCCGGAAGUGGCUGAGCGGCUCUCAUGCUGUGGACACCAUCUGUGUGACGGUGGAGGACUAUUUCAACGACUUCAAUAAAAUCAAAAAGCCCUUCAACCAGGAGAUGACGAAGGAGGCGCUGCGGAGGGUGGUGGUGGAGUACAUCAAAGCAGUGAUGCAGAAGAGGAUGAGCUUCAAAAACGCUGAUGAGAGGAGGGAGGGCGCAGAGAGGAUGAUCAGGGAAGCCGACCAGUUCAGUUUCCUCUUCAGGAAGCUGGCGGCGGGCGAAGACACAGAGCGUCUGUGCGGCGCCAUCACCGCCAUCGCUGAGGUGUUUAAGCUGACCGAUCCCACGCUCCUGUUCCUGGAAGUCACCACGCUGGUGUCCAAAUACCCCGAUAUCAGGGAGGACCACAUCCAGGCGCUGCUCACCGUUCGAGGCGACGCCAGCAGAGAGAUGCGGCAGAUGAUCAUCGGGACUCUGAGCGAGAACAAGGUGGCCAGCUCUGCCGCUUCGCAGCCCAUCUUCAGAGACAUUCCUGUCCCCACCAUGUCCAUGACCUCCAUGACCUCCAUGGCAACUUCAAAGCUGCUCAAAUAAAGCGGGAACCACCUCUUGAAUCUUCUCCCUCCACAUUUGAUUUCAGGUUUUUCUUCUCAUUUGUGCUUCAGCAUCUAUAAACCCAGAGCUGUAAACAUAACUGCAGGGUUUCAGGUUUCAGAUGACUGAGCUGCAGGUAGGACGUUUCAAAGGUUCGGUCCUGCUUGUGACCAUGCCCAAUGUCAUUUUCUCAUGGUGAAGUGACUGAAGCAAGCCCCCAUCUGAGGCACCAUUGCCUAAGCUCCGGUUCAGUCUACAGCAGCUUGACUCUUUCAGUUUUUGAAUGUUUGGUUUGAUCCGGUAAAGUCCAUCACAGGGUUUUUGACCGCCAUUUUUUAUUAAUUUCAAUGUUCGUUAUGAAGAAACGGGGAAUGUUUACACUAAUCUUCCGCUGAUGAGGGAUUGAAACAUUUUCAGUUCAAAGGAAGAUGCAGUGUAGAUGCAUGAUGACCACUGGACAAACAGAAAAACCUGGAUUGGUGGGGGCAGCAUGAUGAUAAGGGGGGCAUCAGUGGAGAUGGGAUAUUGUCACUACAAACAGAUGUCAGGACCUAAAAACUCCACAGGCUGGGACUGUAUCCUCAAGAUGCAACAUGCACCCAAAAAAAAAACUACACGCGUGGCUUAAUUUUUGACUUAAAAAUAUAAUUAUUUUAUCAAAUACAGUGUCACAUAUUUGUAAGAUUUUUAAAAAACUGAAAAUAAAUGUGUGCCUCUUUUCUUUUGAAGUUUAAAUAUCCAAAAAUGUUAAUGUCUAGUUAUAUUUUUGCUUUGUCAGUUUGGGUUUCACAAAACGACAUGUCAUUGCAUAAACAUUUGUCACUUUCUUAGACUUAAGUAACUUAAUACGGUUACUGACUUUGAAAUCACUUGAAUUAAUGAGUUGGGUGGUAAUUUAAAAACAAUGUAAAAUACUUGGGAUGUUUGAUUGCAAAAUAAAAAUUAGAUUGAAAAUUGA